AUGCAAACAUCAUCGAAACGAGUUAUACGCCUGCCAGCGAGACUACGUGAUUAUGGGAAUGAUAAUCCACCAACGAGGAAAAGACGCAGCAACGAUCACGAAACUGCAAGCAAUGGGAGGUUUCCUGAUUUCUCGUUAGAGGAGUUGGCGCGGCCUAGCACGCCUACUCAGAAUGUUGAUGACGUCCAGGAGGAUGCCGACAUGCCAGGUCCCUGUAAUGAAAUAGCCGUUCAAACGGAGGGUAUCACAUGCUGCAGGUGUCAUGAAACAGACAAAAGGGUUAUGCACACAUUGCACACUGUAGCAGAGGAACUUCGCAAGCGGGAGCAAGACCGCAAUACCCUACGCGGCGUACUUGAUUCACUUAGGCGCGUGGAGGAGACUCUUCAAGUUUUGAAGGAGAACCACGCGUCCAUGAGCCAAGCCAUGUGGACUGCAAGACCGAUGCAACCAACUGAGUUAUCUCUACCUACCUCCAACAUUGAGGAAUUCAUGGAGUUGGAGGGAAAAUUAGUGGAUCCCGAACUCAGUCGAGAACUGACUAAUCACAUGAACUCAACACCCGCCGGCACGGUAUCUGAGGCUGUUCGAUACACGCUGGAGAGGGUAAUGAACAGAGAUGUCUUGCGGCAGCUAAACUUCGCCGGGGCAAACAAUGCCAUACCAUUCAAGAAGACACAUACAUUCAGUGCGCUUCAAGAAGUUAUCGUUAACCGAUUUGGGGUCACGGGCAACGCCGUUGCGAACGGCGUUUGCAAAUGGCUACAGAUUACCCGGAGCAACAUGCACCGGCGUACAUCUGCCACAUCAAGCAGUCAGGAAUCGCAG